UUCCACGGCGAGUGUGUUUACUUUUUACCACCAUGGAAGAUGAUCGAGUCGCGCUUAGCCCGAAGAGGCAGCCGGCGGAAAAAAUUGUUUCGCAACCGAACAAAAGUUUUGAGGAUUUGCUCGAGGAGGCUGUCAGUGCGAGGAAGAAGAAAAAGAAGAGAGGCGGAAAGAAAAAGCUGAAACUGCUGAAAACGUCCUCAGCGAAUGAUGAAGAGAAUUCUGCUGACCUCGUUGGUGAGACGUUCAAAGAUGGCGUCAUCAAUUUGGGUGCUGAGCUGGAAGACGAGGGUCGCGUUCCGGGAGCGCCUGUUGCGAUGUCGAGCGGAAAGCUGCGACCCGCUCGCAACAGCAUUGUUGUCCUGGCGCCAAUUAAACCCACUCGACGCCGCGCGACAACUUCUUCGCCACCACCGUCUGAACCAGACAACAAUAAAACGGCAAACGAAGAGUGCCACUUGAAUGGAAAAUCGAGCCCAUGGGACAAUGAAGAGCAGGGUCGUCUGGAUGCGACUGUUUUGAAUGUUGUCGAAACUUCCGCCGUUGAUAGUCCCGCUCGGAGCUGCAAAAGCCUGAAGUCCAGCAAAGAGGGAAGCGCACCGAGGUCGCCCACAAAAAGCGCACACUCAUUAGGCUCCACUUCUGUUUCCUCGUCGCCCGUUUCAUUAAAUUCGGCAAGCCCGACGGCGCCGCAGACCAAAAGAAGAAGGCGCAAGCUUACAAGAGCUCACAAUCAGCUGCAGGAGAUGAAUGUGCCGAUUGAAAUGACGCCUCUUCGCGCUUCUUCGCGAGAAGCUGGAGCGAAAUCUCCCAUUGAGGAAAGCCAAAACACGAUGCUGAGCGUGAGGAUUCACCUCUGCGAAAUUCCCCUCGCCACGAUGCCGGCGGCCGGGAUUUUUCUGCGGGUGCACGUUUUCGACACAGAAACUGGAUCCGCACUCAAAACGACCCAGGAUCAGUCGGUGCCCUCAGCGUCGACGGGGCUUGUCUCCAAGUUCCGCGGUAAACUCGCGCUGGUGGAACAGGAAUUAAAUUUUGAGGCACCCUUGCAACUGGCUUUGGAAAACAACGUGGUGCUUUUCUUCGAACUGCUCGUGCCAAAGCUGAACAACUACUCGUCGUGCUACGCUCGACUUGAUAUCCAGGAACGCUGCAUCGGCUGGGCCUUUCUGAAGCUGCGCUCCUCGUCGACGGGCCAAUACAACACCGACGCCAAAUUGCGCCUGCAGAUUUACGAGGCAUCCGGUCUGCCCAAAUUCUCACCCUCGCAACCCUUUAAAACGGUGCACGGCUGGUGGAGCAAGGGGCCGUGGAAGAAGACGAGGUGCUCCGUCUUUGUCACUGUCGGAGGGUCGGCCGCCGUCGGCAACAGCCGCAGGAAUUACAACAGCAGCCGGAAAUCGAGCAAAACGGCCAGCAACUGUGAUGUGGCGGCCGAUGAUGGACCAAGCAGGGACGCUCAAAGCAAUUCUCGCACCACCCUCGCCUCUCAUAGCAAGAGCUUCGAACCGAUUCUCCUUCGGAAGGAAGGCCAUUUGUGCAAAGUAACCGACAAAUUUUCCAAACCACUCUCAGCACCAACGUACAACUGUCUAAGUGCCGCGUUUUCCGAGUCGGGCUCGUUAUUGGCGGCGGCAGCGAAUCAGAACAUCCACAUUUUCCAAGCCGCCGACUUUGGUCUCAAGUGCGUUCUCCAAGGCCACGAAGGGUUGAUUUACUGCGUGUCCUGGCUGGAUGAAAAAUGGCUCGUCACAUCCUCGGCAGACUGCCUCGCCAUUGUGUGGGACACGGUGAGCGAAACCAUCUCCAAGAUGCUGCCGCAUCCCUCCUUCGUCUACUGUGCCAAGUUCGUACCUGGCGAGAAGAAUGCGAUCAUUACCGGCAGCAAAGAUAAAACGUUGCGCGUGUGGUGUUCGGAAGAGGACGACGACGAGGGAGAGUAUGACCUGUGGCAGGAGUUGGAUGGUCACCAGGGUUUUGUGACCGCGAUGUGUUUCGACGGAAGUGCAAUCCUGUACUCGGCCGACAGUGAGGGUCUCAUCCUCUCCUGGGCGAAAUCCACCGACAAAUCCACGCGUCAGCACGACUGGCUGGUGCAAAGAGAGUUCUUGCUGCCAGAUUUGAAAGGGGUUUCGAUCAGCGCCCUGCAAGUUCACCCCAGUGGGAAGCGGAUUUUUAUAUCUGCGCGCGAUAGCGUCGUUCGCAUGCUGGACGUUCUCACCGGGGUUGUUCUGCAGAAUUAUUUAGGAGCCCUUUCGCACAAGAUCCAAACUGACUUGUGUCUCAGUCCGUGUGGCUCCCUUUUGAUGGCCGGAAGCGAGGAUGGCUCGGUUGUGGUUUGGCAAGCGGACACUGGCAAAGUGAUCACCUGCCUGUCGAGUCCGGACUGUCCUCCUGCAACCGCUCUGGCCUUCCACCCAAGCGUGCACCUGCUAGCUGUGGGCCAUUUCGGACACAAUCCUAUCAACCUUUGGAUUCCGAGUGCUGCUGAAUUGACUUCACUGGCACAAGGUGACGAAGCCGACGCUGCCGGUCGGAAACUCGGGCUCCCUCAGCAAACAACGCAACUCAUUGUGGACCACUUGCGCCUGCAGGAUAUUAUCGCCCGCAUUGAUCGAGUGCUGCUGACGAGCACAGCUGAGGAGAAAUAAUUAAAAAAAAAUGUAUCAUGCUGUGCUGCACUUUGAGAGUGAGCGUUGAUUCAAAUGGGUUUUGCUGAGUUGUGCACUAUCAUUGUUUUCCUGAUGAUGGCAAAGAUAAUUAUAUAUUUUUUUUAUUCAUGUCUUUUUUUUAACAAAAAAUUAAAAUUGAUAUAUAUUAUGUUCCAAUA